AUGGGUCAAGAUGAAGAAAUCGUCAAGCAGGAAGAGUGUGCGAGUGAUAGCGUUGCCGAUGAUAAACUUGUCACCUGGGACGGGCCUGAUGACCCAGAGAACCCGAAGAAUUGGUCUACUCGUCGGAAGUGGCUAGCAGUGAUCUCAAUCUCUGGCUUCGUUCUGAUGAGUCCGCUUCCAACUACUAUUGUCUCUCCGGCGAUAGACACCAUUGCUGAAGAACUCAAUGUCACAGUGACGGUUCAGAAGCCUAUGGUUAUGUCCAUCUUUCUCCUUGGCUAUGCCAUUGGGCCCAUGUUUAUUAGUCCCUUGUCUGAGAUCUGGGGACGGACACGGGUACUACAGUCAUUCAACUUUGUGUUUCUGGUCUUCAAUACUGCGUGUGGUGUGGCCAGGAGCAUUGAGCAAUUACUUGCCUUUCGGUUCUUUGCUGGACUAUUUGGGAGUUGUACGGUUGGUGUAGGUUACCAAUUGCCCAAAGUAUUUGUUUUAUGUUGA